AUGGCAAGAAUCUCUUGGCUUACACAUCGGCGACACAAAGCAAUUUCAGCCCUUACCCUGUUUUGCAUGACCGUGUCGAAAUCACCGGUCGAUUCGCAAAACCUCCGAUGCAUCGCCCACCUAACAGUGUUCAUCCACGAUGUCACUGAAGCGCUUGUGUUGGAAGACCCAUCACCCAGAAAGUCUAUCAAGACAUAUUGUGCUGAUGCCGCGCCUCCUGGCGCAUUCAGUAUUGUGCUUGUUCAUGCCAACGCCGCGUACCUUCGUGUUUCACAAGGUAUCAAAAACAAACUAAACGAACUUCUCCCUGGCCGCAACGCUUUGAAGCAGCUCAACGCUAUUCAGAAGUACGUCGAUGGCAUACUCAACCCCGAGCAAGAUGGACUUGACCUGCAACUCUUGCAAGAGUUGGUGGAUAAUCCCCUGCCACCUUUCUUUAAGCUCUUGCCUCCAGAAAAGGUAUACACUGUUGAGCAUGCGCCAGCACCUGGAUCCGAUGGCUUCCCUACAAACGUUGCCGGAUAUCAGCGGAUGCAUUUCCUGAACGCUGAACAGCACCUCGUUCAGCAUCGCUGUUCAUGGUUCCAUGAUUUUCUAUCGAACAUUAACCGCUCCGUCAUGAUCUUUUUCCUUGAACCCAAGACAGCAGACCCUAGUCCUUCGUCACCAAGCCAAGAGGCCUACCACUACAUCCUGCGAUUUGACCCACGCGUGGCAGCAAAAGUCAACAUCAUCAAGGAGUUUCCUGGCAUCGAAAAUAUCAUCGAUAAGAAGGCUGUCCCUGACUUCAUUCAGUCAAUCUUUGACAAGCUGCCAUUGCCGAUGAAAACAUGUCUCGCCGAUUUGCGCGAGUCUGUUGCCAGACUGCAUUUCAUCGCAGGCGUUGCUGGAUCAGGGAAGUCAUACCUGUUGGAAGUCCUCAUGCUUUUCGCCAUAUUCGGGAAAGGCCUAGACAACCCCCACAAACUCAAAAUUCUUUUCAUCAUGAACAACAAUGUUGGGAUUGAAGCAUUUUGCAAGCGACUGUCACAAACCUUCCGCAAUUAG